UGUCACAGCGAGAGCAGCUUACUCUAAAUAAUCUCUCGCUCAUUAUUGAAUAAGUGCAUUGAGAAAUUGCAAAGAAACGAAUAUCAUCUUGAGAAAAACAUGAAAAACAAGAUCGCGCUGCCCUGGAUUCACCUCCUGAUAACAGUUGCCGUGGCAGCUGAUCAAGGUGGAGUAUCAUUCUGGAAAGAAAGCUUCACGAUGAAAUGUCCACAAGAUGGGAAAUGGUUCCAUGGAAAAAGUGAAGUAGGGCCCAAAAGCAGCUCCUACACUGUUGAUUACGAUGGAAAUACCAAAGGCCUUUAUCAUUGUGAAUACGGUCCCCAAAUGUCUACCGUAGAAUACUAUUUCUACGUUGAAGGAAAAGGCUGCUCAAAUUGUUUUGAGAUGGAUGGCGUCCUGUUGGGGCUGGUUAUUGUUGCAGAUGUGAGUGUAACAGCAACAGUGAUGAUCCUGAUCUACCGGUGCGUCAAGAAGAGAAGUGCCACACAGGCAAUUGGAGGUCCAGUGCCACCCUCACCUGACUAUGAGCCCCUGAACAUACAUGGCCAGGAUGCAUACUCCUCCCUAAACAACACCAGAUCGAGAUGAGGGUGGGAAGAUAAAAUGUUUCACCGGCGAAGACAAACAACUGCAAAAGACGGACGGAAGACUUGGAAACUUUUUUUUUCCGGUUUCCUCGUAUGCUGGCAAUGUGGAAAUAUAUAUAUCAUAGAUUUCAUACAGGCGUCAAGAAUAGUGAGUCUGACAGAUCAUUGGCAAUAUUACAUUAACAGACAUCAUCACACAAACUAAGAUCGCGGCAUAACUUGUUUACUCAAUCAUUUAGUAUACUGUAUAUACAGUUGAUAUUUAGUAUGAAACACAUUGUGUGGAAAGUGAACUAUUAUGCCACUCUGCUUAUGCAACAAUGCAUUAGAUUAUACACAUCACAAAUAUGGCUAAGAGACUGUUUUUAUAAACGCUCCGAUUUGUUUGGAUUUUAAAAUGUUUAUUAUUAAGUAAUAGAAAUCUAAAUAAUCAAUUAUACGUUAGGUCCGGAAAAAACACAGAGGCUAUU